UGUCUGCUCACAGAAAGCCUCGGCAGCAGCGGCAGCAUCAACAUGGCAGCUUUCUGAGUGUUUAGAGGAGGUAGAGGUGUCAAUAAAAACAUUAAUUCACUCUUUAGAGGCAACGACAUCGCUCGGUUACUCGCGUUGGGCAGAGGUCGGCCUACAGCGGGACAAUGUCGAGCGACGGGAAUAAUAAAAAGCAGUUCUGGAAACGGAGUACGAGCAAGGUUCCCGGCAGCAUCCAGCAUGUGUACGGUGCUCAGCACCCCCCCUUCGACCCCCUGCUGCACGCCAAUCUGAUCAAGGCGGGGCCCAAGCCGGCCCCCGUGACCCCGGGCGGUAAGCCCAAGAAGGCCACCACCUUCCAGGAGUUCGAGAGCAUCACCAGCGACGCCUGGGAGGUGGGCGACGACGACGACGACGAGCUGCUCGCCAUGGCCGCGCACAACCUCAACAUCGAGGUCGUCAUGGAGACCGCCAACAAGGUGAUCGAGAACCACAGCAAGCAGCAGGAGAGGCAGCGGCGGGACGACGAGACGGAACGCCAGGAGGAGGACGAGCAGGAGGAGCAGCAGCAGGAGGAGGAGGAAGAGGAGGCCACCGCCGAGGAGGAAGAGGAGGAGCAGCAGGAGGAGGGAGGGUCGUGUCGAGGGGAGGGGACGGAGGAAGAGGCCGCCAGCACUGAGACGUCGUUGGGUCCCCACGGCGACAGCCGGCUCGUCAAGUCCCACAGCGAGGCUCCCAUUGGCUCUCCCAGAGACGAGGCGGCGGAGCGAGGGCCGCUCCACCGCCAGCGCUCGCUGCCCCCCCGGCCCCCCCUCAUCCCCAUGGUGGCGCGCAUCGCCGACCAGAACACCAGUGGCUCCCCCGUCAUGACGGAGCGGGAGGCCUCGCGCCUCGACAAGUUCCGCCAGCUCCUCGCCGGGCCCCACACCGACCUGGAAGAACUCCGGAAACUCAGCUGGUCUGGCAUCCCGCGACAGGUUCGACCAAUCACAUGGAAGCUGCUCUCGGGUUACCUCCCUGCCAAUGCAGACAGGAGAGAGUGCGUUCUCCAGAGAAAGAGACAAGAAUACUUCGGCUUCAUCCAGCAGUACUACGACUCCAGGAACGACGAGCACCACCAAGACACCUACAGACAGAUCCGUAUAGACAUUCCUAGGAUGAACCCAGAGCGAUUGGUUAUGCAGCCCCAGGUGACCGAGAUUCACAUUGACAUACCGAGAACUAAUCCUCUUAUUCCUCUCUUUCAACAAGCUUCUGUCCAAGAGAUCUUCGAGCGUAUCCUCUUCAUCUGGGCCAUCCGCCACCCGGCCAGCGGCUACGUCCAGGGCAUCAACGACCUCGUCACGCCCUUCUUCGUGGUCUACGUCUUCGAGUACAUCGAGGAGGAGGUGGAGAACUUUGACGUGUCCAGUCUGCGGGAGGAGUCACUGCGGAACAUCGAAGCUGACAGCUUCUGGUGCAUGAGCAGACUGCUGGACGGAAUACAGGAUAACUACACGUUUGCCCAGCCCGGGAUUCAGAGGAAAGUCAAAGCCCUGGAAGAGCUGGUCAGCCGGAUCGAUGACUCCGUGCACCUCCACAUGCAGCAAUACGAAGUGGAGUAUCUGCAGUUUGCGUUUCGUUGGAUGAACAACCUGCUGAUGAGAGAGCUGCCGCUACGAUGUACCAUCAGACUGUGGGACACCUACCAGGUACACACACACACACACACACACACACACACACACACACACACACACACACACACACACACACACAACCCCCCCCCCCCCCCCAAGUAGAAGGCCUCUCCCAGCCAUCCUAACCCCUACCUGCUACUUAACGACACGUGGCGCCGAGGGAAACCAGAGAAAAUGGAAACGUCGACUGUAAUUGGCGCCGGAUAAAAGCGUCCGCUAAACAGUUUGUCGGAUCGGAAUCGUCCCACACACCGCUGAUGUCCCGCAGGUACGGGGCUUCGUCAAACGGAGCCGAACUCGUUAAGAACACCCGAAUUACAUGCCGUUCACGCUAAUCCCACUCAUACACACAGCUAGACAACAGCUGAACACACGCCUCAGAUGUUUAACUAAUCCGCCGGCUCGCUUACCGCAGGGGCAGGAAGCGUGCCAGCCCAUUGUACCAGAGUCCUGUUUUUAUUUGAUAAGCAAGAUCGCAGAAAGAGUUCUGCGUAAUCGACCGCAUUCUUAACCAAGCCUAACUGAUCUUCCAUUAAUCAUCCGAAUCUUGUGUGUGUAUGGUGGGUAAGCUACGAUUAUGUUAGUGGGCUGGUGCGCGGUGGAAAUACUAUCCGAAUCCUUGUUGUCAUUGUUGUUGUUGUUGUUGAGUGGUUCUGUCUGCGACGUGGACGCAGUUCCAAGAAACCGACCCUGGUUCUAUCUGAAGCUCGCCAGUUUGUCUGCCGAACGCUGAAACGAAGACCACACAAUUUGCUCACUUGGACAAAUCUGUUGAAACCGUACUGGGUUUACUGUAUAUCGAGGGUAGGGAAAAAAAGCAUUUGCAUAUCUCCAAAAGCAAAGAUUGUCAGACUGGAGAAUUUGGCGAAGAGAAAAUGCAAAGUGUAUCAAGCAAAGUGAUUGACAAGCGACCAAAACAACACACUUCCUUUAUCUUCCCCGUCAAAUACAAGAAGUGCAGCAAGCCAAGACUGUGACUGACAACCCUUCCCGUCAAAACGAAAAACACACCAAACUUCUCCUUCGCUCCGACAUCAAAGACACAGACCCCCGAACAUCAGUGGCUGAUGGGCGCGGCCCGGAGAGAGAUCAGUGGAUCAAACGGGCUGAAGUGGGACUAAGAGCAGGGUCAGAUGUUAAUUCCGUAACAACAAGUCCAGACCCGCUAUUGAUUCUGCGGCCCUUUGACACAAACAGCUGGGGUUGUCGUGAGCUUGGCGCGCGCCUCCACGCCACCAGCUUGUUAACCUUAGCGGGCGCCGUCGAUGAAGCCUGAUGCGGAUAUCGACCCGGCCCUCUGGGUGUGUGGAUGUAUACGUCUACAGGCUACAGGCUGCUCUUUGGGUGUGUGUAUGUAUACGUCUACAGCUACCGGCUGCUCUUUGUGUGUGUGUGUGUGUGUGUGUGUGUGUGUGUGUGUGUGUGUGUGUGUGUGUGUGUGUGUGUGUGUGUGUGUGUGUGUGUGUGUGUGUGUGUGUGUGUGUGUGUGUGUGUGUGUGUCUCCAUGCUGCUCUUUGGAUGUGUGGAUGUUUACGUCUACAGGCUGCUCUCAGGGUGUGUGGAUCUAUACGUCUAUAGGCUGCAGGCUGACCAUUUCAGAUC